GCCCGGUGCGCAGGCGUGGGAAAGUUGAACUUCUACAGAAGUUUGCACAAGUUCAUUGGAGGAGGGAGCGGAGGCUGGGCCCAGGGUCAGGUUAGUGAGGCGUUAGCGAGGGCUGGGUGAGCAGGGAAGAGGAGGGAGCGGGACCCGGAGCGGGACCCGGAGCGGGCACCCCAGCCCCGUUUCUCCGACACCCAAGCGUCCCGGGUCCAGAAGAGUCCAGACUGAGCCAGAUAGUGGAACUACACCUCCCGGCAGCCUGAGCGGCGAACUAGAGCAAAUCGAGGGGCCCCCAGCCUCCUCUCUCACAGGUGCCCCCAUGGCAGGCUCGGAGGAGUUGGGGCUCCAGGAGGACACACUGAGGGUACUAGCGGCCUUCAUUAGGCGGGGUCAGGCCACCGGGUCCUCUGUUACAACCCCACCCAGGAGCCUCACCCAGGAGCAGCCAACAGACUUCCUGAGCCGCCUUCGUCGAUGCCUUCCCUGCCCCCUGGGUCAAGGAACAGUUCCCCCUGAGUCCCCUCGGCCUUGCUCCCUGCGCCUUCACCCCUGCUAUGGGUCCGAACCUGGCCCAGCUACUCCAGACUUCUAUGCCCUGGUGGCUCAGCGGCUGGAACAGCUGGUCCAAGAGCAACUGAGAUCACCACCUAGCCCAGAAUUACAGGGCCCCGCACCCACUGAGAAGGAAGCCCUGCUGCGGAGGCUGGUGGUCUUGCUGGAGGAGGAGGCAGAAGUCAUCAACCAGAAGCUGGCCUCAGACCCAGCCCUGCGCCGCAAGCUGGCUCGUCUCUCCAUCGGUUCCUUCGCCCGCCUAGCGGAGCUAUUCUCUAGCCGCGAGACCAGCCCUAGCCGCGCACGCCCCUCAUUACCGUGCCCUGGGCCCCCACCACCUUCCCCGGAGCCUCUGGCCCGCCUGGCCCUGGCCAUGGAGCUGAGCCGGCGCGUGGCCUGGCUGGGGGGCACUCUGGCUGGACUCAGCGUGGAGCACGUGCACAGCUUCGCGCCCUGGAUCCAGGCCAACGGGGGCUGGGAGGGCAUCCUGGCUGUUUCUCCGGUGGACUUGAACUUACCCCUGGACUGAGAUCUUCCUCAGAAGCUGCUACAAACCUGGACCUCAUGUCCCUGCUCCCUUCAGGUGCUUCUGCAGCCUUCCUGUUCCACUCAGGGCUGGGCGGUGAUGGCCACCCUAUUUUAC